GACAGAGUUAUGAGGCUUCCCCAAGAGUGUAAGAAUCAGGUAGGCCAUUAGAGUUGUGUGAAUUUGCUUCUUUCUUUCUUUAUUUUGCUUUCUUCCCCCUUCUGUAUGAUCCCCGCUUCUUGAGAUCCCUUUCUGUCAUCGUCUGUCUUUCAAAAUCCUAAACGAGAUUUCUAAAAAGGGUUUCUUUUUUAUUGAUUUUGGGAAAUCUUUAUUAAAGACUGAUCUUUUUGAAAGCCAGGUGGUUCAGAAUAGAGAUCCAGGUUUUGGUUUUUCUUUUUCUUUGAUCAAAACAGCCAGAAGGUCUAUUUUUAUAUCCUUUCUGGUCGCUUUUGGUUCUUGCUUUUCUUCUUUACUUGUACUCCGUGUCUGUAAGUUAUAUUUUCUACUGCAGUUUUUGUUUGAUCUGUUAAUAUCUGUUUGUAAGCCAUGGCAGCAGCUAUAGAUGUAUACAGUAGCAGCAGUCCUGUAUUUGCAGAUCCCUUUAGUGAAGAACUCAUGCUAGCACUUCAGCCUUUUAUGAAUUAUGCUUCUUCUUCUCCUCCUUCACCACCUUCUUCUUCUUUUUCUUCUUCUUAUUACUCUCCUGAGCCCAAUGUGUUUCCUGGUUUGAUUCCAAUUCCUUUCGCAAACCGAACGUUUUCGGAUGGGUUUGUGAGUGUGGGAUUUGGACAAUCAGGUCCGAUUGGGCUGAACCAACUUUCUCAAUCUCAGAUUCUUGAAAUCCAAACUCAGAUUGAACUCCAACAUAAACAGCAGGAAGAAGAGGCUUUAGCUGCUCUGUUAUCUUCUUCUUCUUCCCCUGUUUUUACUCUGUUUCAGAAUCAGGAGAAAUCCCUCCUGGGCACGAAACCAGUCCCGAUGAAGCAAGCCCAGAAGCCCGGGAAGCUUUACAGGGGGGUGAGACAGCGGCAUUGGGGGAAAUGGGUAGCCGAAAUCCGGCUGCCGAAAAACAGAACCAGGCUGUGGCUGGGAACCUUCGACACGGCGGAAGAAGCCGCCAUGGCUCACGACAAGGCGGCUUACAAGCUGAGAGGAGAGAAUGCGAGGCUGAAUUUCCCACACUUUCGGAGCAUUCUCAGCCACAGCGUCGAAGGGUUCAAGCCGCUUCACUCCUCCGUCGUCGCAAAGCUGGAAGCCAUUUGCCAGAGCUUGACUGAUAAUAAUAAUAAUAAUAUUGACAACUCCAAGUCCAAUAAACAACAGAGGAAUUCCGAGGAGCCCUGUUUUGCUGCCGACAACGUUAAAACGGAGUCCUCGUCCGGUGUCGGAGCGGCAACUUCGCCGGAAUCUGAGAUCACGUUGUUGGAGUGGGAGAAUAUCAUCCUGGACAAGUAUCCGUCAGGGGAGAUUGAUUGGGCAGCCCUGUGAUUCGCCGGAAUCUGCAAUUUCAUUUUAGUCAUGCGCAGAGAUCAAUCAACUCAAAUCCAACUUGUAUAAUAAUAAUAUAAUUAUGAAUAAUUAUGUAGUAUUAGAGCAUGCAUGUCAUAUGUAGUCUUGUAAUAUAAUGUACUUCCUUCUUGGUCAGGCUGUUGUUUUUCCUAGGCAUGAUCAAAGGGAGAUUUUGUUUCCAUGUCUCUUCUCUCUCUUGUUGCUUUUGUACCUCUAAUCUAAUCCAUGUUUUGGAAGCUUAAA